GGGGGCGUGGCUGGGGGCGUGGCGCUAGGGGCGUGGCUGGGGCGGUGCGCUCCGAGUCCGCUAGCCGGCCGAGGUCCUGUUGCUGCUCUCGGAAGCCCCCGCGCCCGGAAGCCCCCACGCUCGGUCCCGAGAUGUCUGCCAGCAAGCGGGUGGCUAAGGAGCUGGAGAGUCUCCAGGCAAAGCUUCCCCGGUACCUACGGAACCUGUUCAGCCAUGAUGCCGAUGUCCUGGUGUGGCACGCCCUCCUCCUGCCUGAGAAGCCACCCUACAACCUCAAGGCUUUCCACCUGCGCAUCAACUUCCCUGAGGACUAUCCGUUCAAGCCCCCUACGGUGACAUUCACCACCAGGAUCUACCACCCCAACGUGGGGCACAAUGGAGAGGUUUGCCUGCCCAUCAUCAGCAAGGAGAACUGGAGUCCUUACACCAAGACCUGCCAAGUCUUGGAGGCCCUCAACGUGCUGGUGAACAGACCAGACCUGGGGCAGCCGGUCCGGUUGGAGCUCGCAGACCUACUGAAGCAAGAUCCGGAGCUGUUCCACAGGGAGGCCAGGGAGUUCACCCUCAAGUAUGGAGUCGACCGGCCCUCCUAACUGGUUCUGACCCCUCUCAUUGCCGGAUCCUCUCUGUGUGACGGGCGGACAUUUCAUGGAAGCUGUGGGGGGCUGGGGCGGGGGGGGGGGUGCGGCUGGAGCCUCCUCUCAUUUGUUCCAUGUUUUCCUUCUUAAGUAGCUAGUCAUUACCCUGUGUGUGUGUGUGCGUGCGUGUGUGUGUGUGUGUGUGUGUGUGUGUGUGUGGCAUGGACCCAUUCCCACGUUCACCUGGCCACAGUGUGCUUUUCCUCCUCUUUCUCUGCCCCAGAGGCAGACGAGUUCACGUUUGUGCAAUUACAGGCCAGCUCUCCAGGGCUCCGUGGUCUCACAGACACGGGUCGCCUUCAGGCCAGCUGGCAGGAAAUGAGCCCAGGAGCCGCCUCGCAUCCCCCUAGGGCCCAGGCAGAGGGGCAGAGGGGAUGUGAGGAGUAUGGAGGGGGGGCAGGGCACUUGGAGAGCAUCAUAUUUACACUUGAGUGAUUUGUUUAUUGAGUAUUUGAAGUCAGCCAGACUGCUAAUAGGUACUUCAUGUCUAGAUUCAUGCGCGAAACCUUUCCUUUUCCCCUGAUGAAUCAUGAAGUGAAGAAUCUAAUCUCUAUCCAGAAA